GCCCCCCCGCCCCGCUCCCCGCGGGCGGGCAGGUGGGCGGGGCGGCGCUAGGGCCCGGGGCGGCGCGGCGGCGGCGGGGCCGGGCGGGGGCGGCCCCUCCCGGGCGCAGCGCGAAGGCGGGCGCGGGGCAUGGUCCCGGUCCCGGUCCCAGUCCCAGUCCCGGCGGCGCGGAGCGGGCGCGGAGCGGUGGCAUGCGGCGCGGAGACAUGCGGCUCUGCCUGCGCGCUGCCCCGCCGACAUGGACCGCCGCCGCCUGCCGCUGCUGCUGCCGCUGCUGCUGCUCUGCGCUGCCCUCGGCGCCGCCGCCGCCGCUGCCACCGCCGGGCGUCUGAGCGCCCGCCCCGGCAACGAAGUUAAUCUGCUGGAUUCAAAAACAAUUCAAGGGGAGCUGGGCUGGAUCUCCUACCCAUCACAUGGGUGGGAAGAGAUUAGUGGUGUUGAUGAGCAUUAUACGCCAAUCAGAACUUACCAAGUGUGCAAUGUUAUGGAUCACAGUCAAAACAAUUGGCUGCGAACAAACUGGAUUCCACGCAAUUCAGCUCAGAAGAUAUAUGUGGAGCUCAAGUUUACCUUGCGGGACUGUAAUAGUAUCCCUCUAGUUCUGGGCACUUGCAAAGAGACUUUCAAUCUGUAUUAUAUGGAGUCUGAUGAUGACCAUUCAGUAAAGUUCAGAGAGCAUCAGUUUACAAAGAUCGACACUAUUGCAGCUGAUGAGAGCUUCACCCAAAUGGAUCUUGGGGACCGAAUUCUAAAGCUGAAUACAGAAGUCCGUGAGGUGGGGCCUGUCAGCAGGAAAGGCUUUUACUUGGCUUUUCAAGAUGUAGGUGCGUGUGUUGCCUUAGUCUCAGUGCGAGUGUACUUCAAGAAGUGCCCUUUCACUGUCAAGAACCUCGCCAUGUUUCCAGAUACAGUACCCAUGGACUCCCAGUCACUGGUGGAGGUGCGGGGUUCUUGUGUCAAUCAUUCCAAGGAGGAAGAGCCACCCAAGAUGUAUUGCAGUACAGAAGGAGAAUGGCUAGUGCCCAUAGGGAAGUGCUUGUGUAAUGCUGGCUAUGAAGAAAGAGGCUUUGCGUGCCAAGCUUGUCGAUCUGGGUUCUACAAAGCCUCUGCUGGCAACGUGAAGUGUGCCAAAUGUCCUCCUCACAGCUCUACCUACGAAGAUGCAUCUCUGAACUGCAGGUGUGAAAAGAAUUACUUUCGCUCUGAGAAAGACCCUCCAUCCAUGGCUUGCACCAGACCACCAUCUGCUCCAAGAAAUGUUAUCUCUAACAUCAAUGAGACAUCUGUUAUUCUGGACUGGAGCUGGCCUCUUGACACUGGAGGUCGGAAAGAUGUCACUUUCAACAUCAUUUGCAAAAAAUGUGGAGGAAACAUCAAGAUGUGUGAGCCUUGUAGUGACAACGUGCGAUUCUUACCCCGUCAGACUGGACUCACCAACACCACGGUGACAGUAGUGGACCUUUUGGCACAUACCAAUUACACAUUUGAGAUUGAUGCAGUCAACGGGGUAUCUGACUUGAGUACACUUUCCAGACAAUUUGCUGCUGUCAGCAUCACAACUAAUCAGGCUGCUCCAUCCCCCAUCACAAUCAUAAGGAAAGACAGGACAUCCAGGAACAGCGUGUCUCUGUCUUGGCAAGAACCCGAACAUCCGAAUGGGAUCAUCUUGGACUACGAGGUCAAAUACUAUGAAAAGCAGGAGCAAGAGACAAGCUAUACUAUUCUGAGAGCCAAAGGCACCAAUGUUACCAUCAGUGGCCUCAAACCUGAUACCACCUAUGUCUUCCAAAUUCGAGCCCGAACUGCAGCCGGAUAUGGGACAAACAGCCGCAAGUUUGAGUUUGAAACCAGUCCAGAUUCAUUCUCCAUUUCCAGCGAGAAUAGCCAGGUUGUAAUGAUUGCCAUUUCAGCAGCAGUAGCCAUUAUCCUCCUCACAGUUGUGGUGUACGUCUUGAUUGGGAGAUUCUGUGGAUACAAGAAGUCUAAGCAUGGCACUGAUGAGAAAAGACUACAUUUUGGGAAUGGCCAUUUAAAACUCCCAGGCCUGAGAACUUACGUAGAUCCGCAUACGUAUGAAGAUCCCAAUCAAGCUGUGCAUGAAUUUGCCAAGGAACUAGAUGCUUCUAAUAUAUCCAUUGAUAAAGUAGUUGGAGCAGGGGAAUUUGGAGAAGUGUGCAGUGGGCGCCUGAAGCUGCCUUCUAAAAAGGAAAUUUCAGUGGCUAUCAAAACCCUGAAAGUUGGUUACACAGAAAAACAGAGGAGGGACUUCCUCGGAGAAGCAAGCAUCAUGGGGCAGUUUGACCACCCUAAUAUCAUUCGAUUAGAGGGAGUCGUCACUAAAAGUAAACCAGUUAUGAUUGUUACUGAAUAUAUGGAAAAUGGUUCCUUGGACAGCUUUCUACGGAAACAUGAUGCCCAAUUCACGGUCAUCCAGCUAGUAGGCAUGCUUCGAGGGAUUGCAUCUGGCAUGAAAUAUUUGUCAGAUAUGGGUUAUGUCCAUCGAGAUUUAGCUGCUCGUAACAUCCUCAUCAAUAGUAACUUGGUAUGCAAAGUCUCAGAUUUUGGUCUCUCUCGUGUGCUGGAAGAUGACCCAGAAGCUGCUUACACCACAAGGGGUGGCAAGAUUCCUAUCCGAUGGACAUCACCAGAAGCCAUUGCGUAUCGGAAGUUCACAUCAGCCAGUGAUGCGUGGAGCUAUGGAAUUGUGCUCUGGGAGGUGAUGUCUUAUGGAGAGAGACCAUACUGGGAGAUGUCCAACCAGGAUGUGAUUAAGGCUGUUGAUGAAGGGUACCGCUUGCCACCUCCUAUGGACUGCCCAGCUGCCUUGUAUCAGCUGAUGCUGGACUGCUGGCAGAAAGACAGAAACAACAGACCCAAGUUUGAGCAGAUUGUCAGCAUCCUGGAUAAGCUGAUCCGUAAUCCCAGCAGUCUGAAAAUAAUCACCAAUGCGGCGGCAAGGCCAUCAAAUCUUCUCCUGGACCAAAGUAACAUUGACAUUUCAGCCUUCCGCUCAACGGGUGAUUGGCUCAAUGGUUUUCGGACAGGACAGUGCAAAGACAUUUUCACAGGCGUGGAAUACAGUUCCUGUGAUACAAUAGCCAAGAUUUCUACAGAUGACAUGAAGAAAGUUGGCGUUACAGUUGUGGGGCCUCAAAAGAAGAUUGUGAGCAGUAUCAAAGCUCUAGAAACUCAUACAAAGAACAGCCCUGUUCCUGUGUAAGGUACCAAAAUGUUGUUGCUCAGGAGAGAAUAAAAGAGAAAAGUUGCAUCACAGGUCAAAAGUGAUGGCUGAUAAAUGGCAGAAUUUAAAGGAGUUCUUUGCAACAGCUGUGGAAACAUAAUGGUUGAAAUUUCAAACCCACUAAGACACUCAAAUAUUGAGUAUAAAUGCCUUAAAAAUAGGAGCGAACUUGUUUUCUAUCUGUUAAUCCUAAAGGGUGGGUGCUCUUGACUGACUGUUAAUGCAGAUAGUAAAUUUCAAAGGAAAAAAAUAUGUAAAAUAUCCUUCCAAGUAAAAACCAGUGAUACUAAAACCUAGAGCCAUUUGAAUAUUAAGUGACUGAAUAACAUGAAAAACCCAUGGACAUAAAAGCUGUGUAUUUGAUCUAUACAGCAAACAAGAAGAAAGAAAGACUUUCAGUAUUUUUAUACAGAAGAGAUCUGUAACAGGUAUUUUAUUUCUUUAAAAGCAAGGAAAAUAGAGGACAAUACCUCACAACCUGUCUGGCCAUAUUUACUAUAAUGUCAUUGUAACAUGCUAUUUCAACUUCAGAAAGGAACACCGAAAUAAAGUUUGUAGUGGCUUUGAGUUAGUUGACAAAAGAUUUUCGCCGUUAUGUUAGCUUCCCUAAUUGUGUUCACUUAAAUAGAAACAAGUCUUAAUUUUUAAAAGACUUAUUUAUUUCCUUUGGGUUUUUUCCAUUAUUGUUUAUAUUUAUGCUUAAAUACCUUAACCUGGCUGUAUUAUUGCCAAGUGCCAAAUGUUAUCAAAAGUUCAUUAGUUCAACCUGAGAAAUUGUCAGAGGGUUAAUUACUAGGUUAUUUUAUACUCAUGACAUCAUACAUGAAGUACAGAAGGAAAGAAAGAUGAUCUUUUUCCAGCUCUGACACUAGACAAAGCAUCUGGACUUGUUGAGAUUCCUCCCAUUUGCUGUAAGAGUAUUGUAACCCAGGCUUGCAUUUUGGCAGAGUUGUGUGCACAUCGAUCUUGAGAUUAGUCUUUGCCCUGGUCACGCACACACACAUCUCAUUUACUUCCCAAAGGCCUGCUUUCCUGUCAAAAUAAGGACCCCUAUUCUUAAGGGGGAGAUUUGUCUAGCACACAUAAAAAAAGAGUUAGACUUGCAUCCUGCAUUAACUGAGGAUGUUUUUUAAGUUCACUAGGGAGUGGUCCGUUUCUAGCUUCUGUCUGGCAGGCUCUGCUCCUGACACUGGGAACUGGGAGAUGUACUACCUUGUGCGAAGCCACUGCUAGUUAUGCUGAGAUGGUGACUUGCAGCAAAGGAUAAGCAGCUUGUUUAAGAAGGAUGACAAGCUGUGAAAUGGGGCUUUGGUAUAUAAUUUUACCUAAGUCUGAGCUAGAAGACCUCUCUCUAGGUACUGCCGUGCUGCAGGGGACUUGAGUUUCUGACACAGAUUCCCUAGGCACCUGUUCCUUGAAAGAAAGCAGAAAGGAGCCUAUCUUUAGGAGAGCAUUCAUAUUUCCUAGUGGAAAAAGUAGCCUGGAAAGUGGGAUUUGAGAGCCCUCCCCCAUCUUCAGCAUCUUUCCAAUAGCGAACUCUUAAGCUGUUUCUCUGGAGUCUGUCAGUCCCAUUUCUGAGCAGACACGACUGUUUGCUUUGAAAAUGAGGGCUUUAAAUCAGUGUGAGACGUUUCUUGUGCUAUAUACAGGAGAGCUGCUUAAUGCUCUAGAUCUGAUGCCAGGCACCAGACAUUAGGUUUUCAACACUACUGCAAACCACUCUGAUUCUCAACCUGCGCUGCUGGAAUCUAAAUCUGGUUCUGACGUAACAGUGAGUCCCUAAAGUCCAAGACUGUGUGGAAGGCAGAUGACUAUAUAGCACACCACUUUUCAAUGUGCAUGCAAAAGCAGGUAACUAAUUGUGCUUUUUUUUUUUCUUGUAUUGGUUUGAUUUUUGAAGCUUCUUAUAGCAUAGGGCAUAUAAGUAAGGGAAGAAUCAGUUCCUAGGAUUUGUGUGGCUGAAUUGACAUUUAAAUUGAACUUCAUGGGUCCAGGACUUAGAAAACGUAGAAACACAACAUUUAUCACACAUUGCUAAAUAGAAGCAGAAUUAGAAACUUUUUUAAUGAGUGCUGGCAGUGAGCAUGCUGUAAAGGACUCAUUUGAAACACACUCACAGGAUAAUAAUUAGUGAUAUUUUAUGAAAGAAAAAUGAAUGGGUUUUGCAGUAAGUUGAAAUAAAAAAUGAGAAAUAGAAGAAAAUGAAAAUAAAGCACUUAAGAUGUAAAGAACAUUUCUCCUUAUCUGCCACAACCUAUCGUGAAAUGCAGCAUGCUGAAUCAAAAAGCUGUAUUUUCUGUUGCACAGCUUAUUCAGAAUCUUUCUUUUCUUCGGUUUGAGAUUGCUCUAAAUCAGACAUCAUUAGUUAAUUUAAGUCACCAAAAUCAAUUUGCAGACAUUGUCUCUGUGGGGACAGCUUUUUAUUAUAUAUUCCUCAUGACCUUUCUCUUCAGCUUCAUUCUGCUGCUGGAGAGGGGGGACGAGGGGGCUGGGGUGGGGGGAAGACAUCUGUGAAAUGCUUCUGAAAACACAGAACCAGUUCUUAGAGCUUUAGAUGACAACUGAACACUGCACCAACCACCCUGAAUUUUCUCUUAGUAUCAUAUCAUGUUCCUUGCCCACUGUUUCAGCAUGCUCAGAAUAAAAGAUUAAAUCUCACUGAUGCUUGGGAGAAAAAGAAACUCAAUUUUGCUUUUCUUUGCUAUUAGGAGUAGAGAGUUUGAAAAUACAUUUAGUUUUCUCUCCCUGUCGAAAGUUGAUUUGUACUGUAAGUGGCCUCUCUUGCAAACAUCCUAUACUCCCUGUCCCCAUGUACAUAUGUAUACAUAGCAGUGUACAAUUCUUCAUUGUGGAGUAGAGAUACUAGAAUUCGUGUGGCCAUCUUCCUGUACAGAACUUGCAUCGGUAUCAACAUCAAGCAAAAUGCAACUACUCAUAAAAUGACAUGCCGUAUUAUUGGUUUUGUAUCUUUAAAUAUAGUUUCCAUUUUAUUUAUUUCUGUUAACAUAUCUAGUUUUGUGCUGUUACUUAGCAUUCAAUAAGUAAUGUAUAGAUGUGAUUUGAUUGGCAAUAUGUAUUUACUUUAACUUGUAUUUCAAAGCAUUACUUACUCCUUUUAGAUUAUAUAUUGUGCAAUUGUAGAUGGCCUCUUACUAAUGUAAAAUGAUUUGUAGUGGAAACAUUUAUAUUUUUAUAAUAAACAUAAUGAAAGUAUUUUUUACAUACUGGAAUACUGAGGUGAUUGCUUGGAGGACAAAGUAAAUUUAUUUGAUUAGCGAAGUGUGAUAAAAUUGUAAUUAAAUAUGGAUAAAUUCUGAGUGUUAAAGCAUGGGUCGGAGUGAAAGCUAGAUAUUACCUAUAUUAUCUAUUAAGAGAAACAAGUAGUGCAGGUUUUAUCUAGAUAGACCAUCAUUUGUGCUAAACUGAUUUACACCAGCCAGAGACUUUGCUUUCUCCAUGGAUAUGGGAAAAUAUCAUCUACUAUAGCCUGCCUAUAGGUUAUUAAAAAGCUGUCAUUUAUUUUAGUUAUCAAGUAUUUCCAAACUUUUGCUUUUUUUCCUCCCUUGCCAGUGGACCUCUUUUCAUCUUAUUACUAUGUUGAAUCCAGUAAAAGAUGUACUUUUCAACAAAAUAAAAAAAGCCCACCGCUUACUGUAAUUUAACCCCAUGAACAUGUCUUGCCUCUGAGUGUCUGUAUUAGAUAAUAUUUUGUUCCUGUUUUGUUAUGUCCCUAUCAAUUUGUUUCUGUAUGCUUCACUGAAGUACAGUGUCUGAAAAUGCCAACAUGCAACUCAAGUUUGCAUCUCAGGAAUUAUAUUCCUAGAAAAAUAGGAGUGGUUUGAAUGUUCACCAUUUACUUGAGGAGUAAAGUUACAGGAUCUUUCUGUACCAUAAAUGAUUUUGCAUGCUUUUGUAUAUUACUGUGCUUACUGGUGCAAAACAACGAAUGAUAUACCUGUCCUGGAGUCUGUAAGUAGAUACACUUUAUGGCCGUGAAUGUAGCAUAGUUGUUCUUGGGGGGAAUCACUGAAAAGCGCUACUCAGAACUGGACUUAACUUUAAAUGACAACAGCUGGACUGAAAUCCACUUGUUCUUAGUAACACCACUAUGCCUGAUGCUGUGCUGCAGUGGGUACAUACGGUGUCAUUUUAACUUCUAAUGAGUGGGUUUUGAUGCUAUACUUGAAUGACAGGGAAGCAGCUAUGUUUGUCUAAUCUAUGCAGCAUGCAAACUAUUUUCUUUGUGAGUAGGUUUCACUUCAGCAAUUGUGUUACACUGACUCGUGUUUAUCCCUUUAGCCUUACUGGUACAUUGUAUUUGCUUUAUAUCCCAAAGGGCAUGGUGGAUAUUAAUGCUUUUAUAACCGUUACAUUUAUUGUAAAAUGGUAAAAUACCAUUUUACCAGUAAAAUGGUAUUCUACAGCCAGUUCUGGAAUGGCAGUAGAAUGCAUCCAAAUGAAGAGCAGCAGAACAAGCAAAUGCCUUACAGCCCACGACCAUGUCUCAGCUCAAAUGUGGAGGCAUAAAUUGCUGACAAUCUGUUCCACAAAUGAGGAUAUGCCCUUUUUUUGGCAAUGAAAAGUGACGUCUUUCCACUUUGCAUUUCUUUUUAAGGAUGAUGCCCAGACCUAGAUAUCUAUACCAAUAGAAGCCUAAGCAGUGCCAAGUGGAAUCAGAAAAUUACUUCUGCUGUCUCACAUAACUCCUGUUAAUUCAGACAAAUACCCAUACUAUGGACUUCCCUUCAUUUUCUGAGCCACUAUAAUUCCUUAGAUCCUUUCCAAACUAUCACUGCCUGGUCAGUAAUUCCCCAUUUGUGUGUGUGUGCACAAGUUCCUUUGUUAGUCCUCAGUCUAAUUCUUUGUGUAUUUCUUAGUGUAUUUGUCUUUUCUAAUUUAAGAUUAUUUAUCCUGGAAAUAUUUCUCUCAGCAUUGAUUCGUUCACACAUACAAACUUGCACAUGCUCAUCAUCCAGGUUACUAAUACAAGUGGUGAACAGCAUGAAACAUGAAGGACAGCCUUCUCUUGGCUUUUUUUCAGAUGGCCAGAGAACCUCUCAUAAUGAGUACUCGGUGCGCAAGACUUUUCAGCUCACUCUGCUUUCACAUUACAAUGGUUUCAUAAUAGCCCAUAUUUCCCCUGUUAGCUCAUAAGAAUGUCAUGUGGGACAGCACCAGAAGUCUUACUAAAGACAAGAUAAAUCACAUGCACUACUUUUUAGAUUAUCCUGUCACAGAAAUAAAUUAGACGAGUUUGACAUGAUUUGUUUAUUCUUGACAAAUCUUAGUUGGUUUCUUAAGACCUUGUAAUCCUCCAGCUGCUUAGAAAUGUAUUGUGUGAUGUAUAUAUAUCUCUUUCUGGGUAUUUGAGGUUAGCAUACCUCGUCUGUAAUUGCCUGGCUCUGCUUUUCUCCCCUUUUUAAAGCUCAGGAUGAUCUUUGCUCUUCUCCACUUGCCUGGAUUCCAUGACUUCUCCAAGAGAAUAGCCAGUGUCUACAUUUGGACUGGUCCCUUAAGUUGCUAUAGUAAAUCUCACAGACUCUGCAAACCUGAAUGUAUUGAUCACUUGUUCUGAAUUCUAGGAUUCCUAAUUGUAAAAUGAAAAUAAAAUAUAUACAGGCAAAUGAUUUUACUGCAUGCCUAGGUUUUCAGCUUAUGUCUUGAAUUUCUGCACGCAAGCAACUACUAAGAGUCACCAUUAAAGAAGCAUGGGGUAACAUCUGUUUGGUUAGCAGAUUUCAUUGAUUUUAAUCAGAUUGAACAACUGAGAUUCAUCGCUACUGUGUGAUGUUGAAGGUAGUUGAGGUCCACUGUCUGGGAUCAUUAGAAUUCUUUUAACGGUCUGGUAUCUACGUAAGGAGGGAAAUACUCUUUAUCUCCAUUCCUCUUCCAUUCAGUUUAUCCUAAUAUCAGUAAGCUCGUUUUUGAAAUCUUUUCAGUAAAGUGAGCCACUUCAGUUUACCCACCAUGGAUUUAUAAUUAAUACUCAGUUUAGUUUUCAACCAUUUCAGAAGUGUAUGUUUGCCAAAAAGUGUGAAAUAACCAGAGCUUUAUAUUCUUAAUAUUUGGGGAUUUAGGGAAGCAGAUGUUGAGGUUGUGUCUGAACUGAUUCAUUACCAAGCCAUGAUAUGUAGCACCAACAGUAAAGCAUGUCUGGGCAUAAAGCAUCAGACAUGAGGUCUCAAGCACUCAUAGAUAUCAUUAUCUUGUGUAUGUAACAUGCCUGUUGGUUUUUACUCAAAUAAAUGUUACAUAUCCUUCCCAGAAGAAACUCUGCAGUAGCUGUAUCUUGAGGCUGCUCCUCAACUGGCAAAGUACACAUUGCCUUCACAUUGCUGAGCAGCCAUGUGUGCUGCGAAGGCACUGCCUUUUUAAUGCCACAGCCAAAGCUACAUCCAGCUUAGGAGGAUUGCAGUCUUCACCCCAAAACGCUGUGCAGGCCGCAGACUAGCCUUCCUCACUGGGCUGGGUUUCUCCUCCUGGCAUAAGGCCUGCAAGGACAAAACCCAAGCAUUUAGUCUUACUGCAUUUGCUUGAGCACAAAGUAUAACAUUUAAUUUUAAGGCACUGAGCUGAAAUGAAGCCAGAACAAACAUAUAUAUGCUAAAACUGAUUUGUUUGAAUGAAGAAGAAAAUGGAGGUCUGGUAGCUUUGCUCCAUAUUCUGACCAGGGAUUCAAAUAAGCAACUAUGAGGCUAAUUUUCCUGUCGUUCUUCUCUCCCUACCCAGCAGAAACGAGUCCUUGGUUAUAGUUUACAGAUUGAAGUGAUUUAUUUUCAUAGGGUGGUUCACUCUUUUCACUUUCAUUACUCUCAGAGCUGCCAUGUUCCCUCAUGCAGUUCAACAGGCCCCAAAAUUAGGCUCAAACCAAAAAAGUUUUGUGUGUCGCAGCACCCUUUCCUCCUACAGACUUUCCUUGACACCUGCCAUCCCCUGCCGUGCCCAUCAAGCAUCAUCCAGAACCCCCUCCUCCCUGUGCUGGCCAGAGGGGGUCCCCAUCCGUCCUAGCUUAUAGCUCAACCUAGUAGAGAACCCAAAACUCGGGAUGGGAGAUGACUAAAGCAAUAUGUUAAAGUCAAAGCAGUAUUUAAAUAUUUGUUAGUUGCUUGCCUAACUGUUAGUUGCUUGCCUUGCUGUGCUUUCCAUUUCUGAUCUCUUGCCAUACAAGUUUAACUACGUGGAGUCCCACCGGACGUUUAAAUUUGCCUGUGAUUUUUUUCCCCAUAAAUCACAUUCAGUGUAGACAUUUCCUCCCACUUAGGAUUUAGAGUGGUAGAAUAAUAAUUUUAUCUACAGAAUGAUAUCAUUUUAAUAAAAACAGAUGAUGCUUAAAACAAAAACACAAGCAAAUUAAAACAAAACAAAACAAAACCCCCACACACAACCUCCUCAUCAAAAUCCACCAGAAAUCCAGGUUACUGAGAGGGGUAGUGCCUCUCUAGCUCAUAAUUUGGACAAUGGAUAGACAUACUACACACAAACACACAGGCUAGUAAAGGAGGGAUGCUGGGUGUUCUUCCCACAUUUUCUGCAGUAUCUGGGUGGCUUUUUGCACAGCUAGCUGGACGUUUGCUGGCAGGUUUGGUCAGUGCUAAAACAUGCAUCUUCCCCUCAGGCUGCUUGUCAGCUAAUCAACAGUAAUGAUUCCCUGCUUUGGUAUGCUCCUUUCAAGUUGUAUUACCAUUUAUUAUUUUACUAUUUUUAAUCUAUUUCCUUCACUCUCAUAAAAGUUUUGGGGGGGCUUUAGUGGACUAAUCUACAAUUCCCAGAUGCAUAUACUUUUUAAAAAAAGUUAUGCAUCAUUAACUCAGUUAAUAUUUACCUAAUUGUAACAGCAAAGCAAUAAAAUUCAAUCCCCACAACAAUGUGAUAUGAUAACUUCCUUUCCUCUAACUGAUGGAACGCUGGGCUACCUGCCAGGGAAGUCAAAUGGAAAUAGGAAACAAUAUGAACAAAUGAAAUUUCUUUCUGAGGUUUAGAUAUAGAUAUUUUCUUGCUUAUUUUUGUUUAGCUUUUUUUUAUCUUCUGAUAUUACUUGAUUCAUUUUUCUUUCUAUCUGUUCUCAACUGUCAUUCUGUCACUGUGCAUGUGGGAUUUUGGGGACAGGAGGAGCUGGCCCACAAAGGAAAUAUUUUUUGGCCCCUUUUUAUCUCUUUCUCUUAUACAAGCUACCCUCUCCACAUGAGGUUUCUUAAUUAUGGCAAACACACCACCAAGAGAACCCUCCUUCCCCCUAUCUACCUGCUUCAGUGACAGGCCGGUAUCUGUCAAUACCUUUUGAGAGGAAUCCCAGGAUCUCUUCCUUGCCCCAAAUCCUUAUGUUUAGUAUAGGCAAUCACUAGCUGCUAUAUAGCCUUCUAAUGAGACUGUAUAAUGAUUUUGGCUAUAGUCUUUUGCUGCUAAGUACCAUCUAGGGGACUGCUAAAAUUAUGGAUCGAAUACUUCACUGCUCUCAAAAAGAAGAUCUUGUGGGUUGUAGUAGGCAGUGCACAAGAAGGGAUGCUAUUCAAAACAAAACAGAACGAAAGUUUUCCAUCUAGUGAGAAACUAGCGAAACAAUCAACUUGGAAAAUUUUCUCCUAAUCUUUCUGAAUUUACUGUAGCAACAUGGAAUUCAGAUCAGACACUUUCUUAGUCAGUGUCCUUGGUGUCCAUACAGUAUCCUGACUCAACAGGCACAAAGCCAAAUGAAUCAGUGGUCAAAAAUGCCUUAGCAUCUUGCCCAAAAGGAAGCUUUCGAAACCAAUUCCUACUAUUCUAUCUUUGUAUCAACAGAUAUGACUUCUUUCUCCAAGUAUCUGUUCUUGUCACACUGUAAAACACGUUGAGUUUACUAUGAUAGGGCUGUCUGUGUGUAAAUGAGCAGAUUUUAAACAUUUAACCAACAAAAACGGCAUGGGCUUGGAUCACCAGAUAUAUGAAAUGCACUUAAUGUUUUAGGCUAAAUGUUAGCCCUGUAUCUUGAGGGAGAGAUUGCCACUACUAUGCAGAAAAAAAACUAUAUCUUGCAGUACAAUAGAAUCUGGAAAAGCUCAGGAGACUUGUCAGAAAUUUCAUCUGCAGUUUGUGGAGAACUGAUUAAUUUUCCAAUGGGAAGGUGAGGAAAAAAAAGUCUGGUUGAGUAUCUAAAAUACUCAGUAAAAUCAGAGGCAGAAGUAGAGGACUCGGGGGAAGCAUUCCUGUUUCCUUCAUUUAGCCUUAGCUGAGUAUGGACACAGGGCUAAAGUUACCGCACUCUCCAGAGAUGUUGUGCAGGGUCUUGCAUGUAGAAUGGGAACAGUGCAUUAUAAAUCUCUUUGCAGAGCAGAAGAGUGUAAGAUUCUUGGAAGAAAAAAACAUCGACUCUUGUGUCAUUUAAGGGUUGUGGCAUUUCCAACCUUGCAAUAAUUGCCUAACACUUUUCAUUUGUGAGAAAGUAGAAUGAGAUGUCUUAAAAGGGGGUUCUGCAUAUUGUAAAAGUCCAACCGCGACUUGGAGAAACACCCCUGAGACUUAUUGCUACCAUUAUAAGCUUAGAGUAAUGUGCACAUAUUUUUCUUUUUAGACCAUGCACACUUUAUCCAACCUUCAGAAGUGAAAACAAAAAGAGAAAAAGAAAGUUCUGUUAAAUAAGGAGUGGUGUUUUUCUUUGUUUUGAUCAUCCUGGGUCAGACACACCAAUGUGCGUCAUGAGGACAGCUCAGCUGAAAGCGAGGUUUCCUGCUGCCACUGCAUCCACGGCAUCAUGUACCACAGUGACAUAGUCUCUGGGGAUCUGUCUGAAGACUGCUAUUUCACUGUUGGGACUGGGAUUUCCAGGCCUGCUUCUCAGCUGCAGAAGAGACCAAAGCAGCAGUUGCAGGGGAUGGUGGCAAGGGAUGGGGCUUCAUUCAGGCUGCAAACUCAGAAGCUCAAUAUCAGGCUUUCAGAUGGGUUACCAGCAACAACUCCACAGUCCUUGCUGGGGCACAGUCAGUUUUGGCAAGGCAAAGCAGUGAACAAUGGUUGAAUAUUAAGGAGAAUGUUCAUCAUUUGAAUCCCAUUAAAUUUCAUUCUCUGUGUAUAUGAGUUGUGCUGGAGAGCUAAGGUAGCAGUACUGACUUAGUUAAGAGCUCAGUAGCUUUGGUUCUUGUUGGUUUUGUCAUAGCAUUUUGGAAGAUCUCAGGCCCACUUUGUAACCUAACAACUGGAGAUUUUCUUCCUUUUGUUCAAACUUUCCAAUGUGUGUUAAGUCAGCUUUAUAAGAGGGUAGAGCUGAUUAAAUCAUAGGAAAUAGAAAAACAAAUACAAUGAUGGGUGUAGCUGUUGAAUAAUUCAGAAGUUUUCACUCGAAUGCUAGCUAUGUUUCAGUAUCAGCAGCAAAAGCAGUCAUGAAACCUUUGUCACUGAUGUCUUUUAAGAAAGUGGUAGAUUGGGAUCUCACAAAAAUUAUUUGGUGUAAAUGAGGCGUGGAUGAAGGCAGAAAACCUCGCUGUCUUUUUGGCUUCAGACUGCAUGAUUCACCCGUAGUCACACAGCACUCCCCGCCCCUACUCUUGAAAAGUCUUUGGUCUAAAAGACAAGUAUCACUGUUCCUAUUUCCCUGGUAUGGAGGCACGGGCAAAUAACAAGAGUUGCUGUGAGUGUCCCAGGUGGACAUUAAUUCUGCUAAUGCCAGAAUCAGGGCCAAUUCCCAUCCAGUAUGGUCCCUCUGCCACUGGGUUGCUCAGCCUUGCCUUGUUAUUGUUACAAAAUAUUGACAUACUGUGAGAGUUGCAAAGUGGGGGAAAAACCAAAAUUGCACAUUGCUCUCCUGCUGCUCAUCAGUCCGUGGCUUUUCUCUCCCUUUCUCUCAGCCCCCCACCCUCACCAUUUUAGUAAUGAGAGAACAACCUGUGCAAUCUGUUCAGCAAGAGAACAACUCAUCUGAGCACAAUUUCCUCUUCUCUGUUGUUGAAUAUAACUUCCCUUGGGUAGGUGAAAAUUUUGGCAGUCUGUACAAAGACUAGCAGAGACUGAAGCAGAAGCUGUAAUAUAGCUGUUAUGACUUGACAGCCCUGUUUUGUAAUGCACUGGGGGAUUUUAUUACAAGUCAAUUGUAGCUUCAAGAAAUUUAAGAGUAUGGCAUCUGCUUGUAUGAUUUUCUUUAAUGUUUGCUAAAUGAAAUUGUAGUAGAUUUUAACAUGAAGACUGUGGCUGUAGCAGGCCUGGAUGACUUAAUAAAAACUAAAAUCAAUCAAUCAA